GCCUCCUGCAGGAUUCCGUUCACAGUCACAGGCGCCGGCCAGCACUCACGCUGUGAGCAGGUAGAGGUGACCAAGAGUAUUCUCCAGCGUCUACUUGUUGCUUGGCCCAGGAGGGGUGGACAGAGCGGACUGGACAGGACAGGGUGAUGUCUGUGUAAAACAGUAACAUGUCGCCACAUAGCUCAUGAUGCCUCCAUCACCUCCCAGCAGAGCACCGGAGAUCUGCACGGACAUAAGUUUUUACGCGUAUUCUCUUGAAAUGUUGCUUAUCUCCGUCCUUAAGGUGAAUCGGGAGAAACGGAAACCCACAAGAAGAAGCGAGGAGGGACCCUGAUGCGGUCAUCAACAGGACUAUGUCUUCUUAAUCUGACGGACUGUAUCUUCCAGUCUUUUCAAGUGACCGAUUGACUUGAGUGAAGAUGAUCAAAGAGGGUUCUCGGUCGGCCACCUCGCUGCCACCGGAUGCCAUGGACAUCAUCCGCAGCAAGAACAACACCCGCCGUGUGAGAAUCAAUGUCGGGGGCCUUCUUCACGAAGUCUUGUGGAGGACGCUGGACAGGCUGCCCCGCACAAGACUGGGCAAACUGAGAGACUGCAACACCCACGACUCUAUCAUCGAGAUAUGCGACGACUACAGCUUGGACAGCAACGAGUACUUUUUCGACAGACACCCCGGCGCUUUCACCUCCAUUCUGAACUUCUACCGCACCGGAAAGUUGCACAUGAUGGAGGAAAUGUGCGCCCUGUCGUUCAGUCAAGAGCUGGACUUCUGGGGCAUCGACGAGAUCUACCUGGAGUCCUGCUGCCAGGCCAGGUACCACCAGAAAAAGGAACAGAUGAAUGAAGAGCUGAAAAGAGAGGCCGAGAACAUGAGGGACAGGGGUGGAGAGGAGUUUACAACCACAUGUUGUUCCGAGAAGAGAAAGAAACUCUGGGACCUCUUGGAGAAGCCAAGCUCAUCAUUUGCUGCUAAGAUCCUGGCAAUUAUCUCCAUCCUCUUCAUUGUGUUGUCUACCAUUGCCUUGUCUCUGAACACCCUUCCAGAGCUGCAGGACACAGAUGAGUUUGGUCAUUCCACAGACAACCCACAGCUGGCCCAUGUGGAAGCUGUGUGUAUUGCCUGGUUUACCAUGGAGUACCUACUUCGCUUCCUCUCUUCCCCCAACAAGUGGAAGUUCUUUAAGGGUCCUCUGAAUAUCAUCGACCUGCUGGCCAUCCUGCCCUACUACGUCACCAUCUUCCUGACAGAAUCCAACAAGAGUGUGCUGCAAUUUCAAAACGUGCGCCGCGUGGUUCAGAUUUUCCGAAUCAUGCGGAUCUUGCGUAUUUUGAAGCUGGCUCGUCACUCCACAGGUCUUCAGUCUCUGGGUUUCACUCUUAGGAGGAGCUACAAUGAGCUGGGCCUGCUUAUCCUUUUCUUGGCCAUGGGCAUCAUGAUAUUCUCCAGUCUGGUGUUCUUUGCUGAAAAGGAUGAAGAGGACACCAAGUUCAAAAGCAUCCCAGCUUCCUUCUGGUGGGCUACCAUUACUAUGACCACAGUAGGCUAUGGAGAUAUUUACCCCAAAACUCUACUGGGAAAGAUAGUUGGAGGUUUGUGCUGCAUCGCCGGAGUACUGGUGAUAGCCCUGCCUAUCCCCAUCAUCGUGAAUAACUUCUCUGAGUUCUACAAAGAGCAAAAGAGGCAGGAGAAAGCCAUUAAAAGAAGGGAGGCUCUGGAGAGGGCUAAGAGAAAUGGUAGCAUUGUUUCUAUGAACACAAAAGACGCCUUUGGCCGCAGUAUAGAGCUCAUGGAUAUAAUGGUGGAAAAUACUGAGCAAAAGAUGGAGAAGGUGCAUGAUAAUCAUGUGUCUCCUAGUCGGCAAAAAGGGACACUCAAACUCAAGUCACAUAUGAGCCCCAGCAGCCCCACCAAAAACCUUGAAUCCAACAACCAAGAGCAGGCCAAGCCCUCAAGCAGCCCUCAGCAUCUCAGUGCACAGAAACUGGAGGAGAUGUACAACAAGAUGGCCAAGGCCCAGUCACAACCCGACAUCAACAGCAAGGAAAAAGGGCCACCAUCCAAAGCAGUUGGGCAGGGAUCUGAAUUAGAGAUGGGAAGUAUCCCCACUGAAGCCAUCUCAAGCAAAGCAGAGGCAGUUGCAGACAUAAGGAGCAUGUCCAGCAUUGACAGCUUCAUCAGCUGCGCCACUGACUUACCUGAGAGCUCUCGCUUUUCCCACAGCCCCAUCAGCAGCAUGCUAGGGAGAGUCAGUACCAACCCCAGCCUGGAGCCCACCCUGGAGAAUGAGCAUGAAGGAUCCCAGGACACCACUACACCCCUGAUAGGACAAGGCACAAAGCCUGGCCUGCAUUCUGACAGCCCCAGGAGUCUGCCCUUCAACAAACCGCACAAAAGCCGCUCACUAAAGGUCAACUUCAGAGCUGAGGAGGAUUCAGGGACAGGGGCUCUCUCAGACAGCUCAUCAGUCCGGAGCCCCGAGGUGUCCGUCUACACAACUGCCAGCAGCAGGACACCCAGCAAGAGCCCGGAUAAUUUAAUGCCUAGCAGCCUCUUCACAUUCCACGAUGCGUCCAUCAAUACAUUCAUUGAUGCUGAUACAGAUGAGGAGGAGCAUCUGUAUGAUGGUUCAGGCACCAAACCAUCCCAAAGACUUCUGGAAAGAACCAGGCCCAAGUUUGCCCCUCACUCCAGCUUCCAGCAAGGGGCCAACCACAUGGAGGGCCUACAGAGGAAGCUGGGAAACAGCACACUGCCGCUAGAAGGGCAAGAGAACCAUGUGGCUCAGGAACUACAGCCAUUUCAGGGAGAGAAGAGUCACUCUAAUGCUUAAAGUGGGAGUGACCACGGAGGAAACAUACAGGAGAGGAGGAAGCAGAAAGGAAAAUGUAAGAAGCACAGUGAACUCAGCAAAACUGAACUUCCCAAAAAUAUGAAAGACAAUGAAAACAUUUGCAGGAACAUUUGAAGAAUUACAACACAAAAUGCUUCUCCCAUGAAAAUAGAUGCAGACAAUGGGAAAUAAGUUUGUGUUUUGCUCUCAAACCUUUUCCUACCAAGGACUCCUGAAUUAAUUAGUUUAGCAGAGGAUUCUGAUCUAAGAGGUUUUAAAAGUGUCUGAUAGUUUUUACUAUUUAUACAUGUGUUUUAGCCCAGAUCAUCAUAUAAUAAUCACCGCCUAGUUUUAAGAGUAUAGGAUAUCAUUUUUAUAAGCAAAAACCUAUUUUUCUGACAUCCCCUGGGUACUACUUUAAAGCCACUAUAGCAAACAAUCCAAUCAGUAGCAACCCACAGAGGGCAUUGAAACAUGGCACUGCAAAAUGGGAAACUCAUUCACUUGAGGUAUUUCAAAUAACUACGUUGUUGUGUGAAACGAGAACUUACAUUUGUCUUCAAGUUAUUGGUUACACAGUGUAUAAAUAUGGCAUUACAAAGGCAACAGUGUGUUGUGAAAAUGUAUAGUUUGCUUCCUUUAACUUCCUUCCUCAAAACUGGCCUUAGUUUAUGUUGUCACCCAUGUUUAAUGUUUGUAUGAGUGAGAAAGAGAGACAUAUACGGACAGACAGUACAUACAAAUAAACAGUACUGUAUAUUCAUUGUUAUGUAGCGUUCUUGAUCUCUUAAGUGUGAACUUGAGGAGCAUCAAGUAUUUCCAUCUGAGUUUAGUGUCAUGCACGUCCAUAUUUUUUUACUGCACAGAAAAUAUUUAGACAACACAAAGACACUGUGAGGCUGCAUCCAUCGAUUUCCUUCUUGUUCCAAUGGUGCCCGACUGCUGGCAAGGGAGAGCACCUUAACGUGAUCAUUAUUUUCAUUAUAAACAGAAAAAAAAUACUCUUUAUUCUUGUUUGUAGUGGUGUUAUCAGAAUUUUAACCUGCCGUAAAUCUAAAUGUCUUUAUGUGUUAUUUCAAAACAUUCUCAAAGGUGUCUCGAAGGAGUCAUCAUACCUAUUGUAGCUGAUAACUUCAUAUAAAAUGACAGGUCUGAUGAGCAUCACUAGCUGGAAAGACAGCACUGAAAAUCACUGAGAUUUUUUAUGUUGAACCUCCACUUUUGGAAUGUGACUAUUGUACAUGUAUAACUACAAAAGUAGAAUAUUACACACACAAAGAAACAACAUUAAAUUUACAAGGUACAGAAUGAAAAUAAUUUAUAUUUUUAAGAAAUUUUCUAAAAGAAUUGACUCUUAGACAAAUAUAUUGUGCUAAUUUCGUAGUUUUGCAUUUCGAUAUAUGUACUGCAUUAUUUUGAUGGAGUUGCAUUUGUUAGACAAUAUACUGUAGUAGAUGAAUUUGUAUUGUUUGCUACUGUCUCCCCGUAAAUGUCUGUCCCUCUAUCCUUAUUUGCAAUGUGAAGAACCAAAGAAUUGUUCCUUCUGAUAUCUUGUACAGAUGAUGGUAAGUUUUACUGUUUUAUCUCAAAAAUGUAAGAAAUGUAAGCAUUCCUUUUCUAAAUCUGACAUACUUCAGGGAGCCAUACUUGCUCAUGCGGUACAAACAUGUAAGUAGACGAGAGGACUGCCCUUUGAAGAAGAAAGCUGUUGACAGGGAAUGAAAAGAAUAGACGGAAAAUGAAGAGGGAACACGGCACUUUAGUUCACACCCAUUUCAAAAGCUAAAAUUGGAUUAUUUACACACUGUGGAUCUUGGCAAGUGGUUCGCUUCCAGAGAUCCAAAACAUUACACUCACAUGAGGUCAUGUGACAUCUCUUACAAACACAAAGCCACCUCGCAGCAGUUCAACCAAAUAUCCUGCAUCCUGCACCUGACUCCAAACAUAUGCUCUUUGUUACAUUACACAUGCAAGCAUGUUUUUAAAGCAUUAUUAACUUUACAAAAAAAACAUGCAAGCAAGCUUUAAAGCCUGUUUUAGGUAGUUUUUAGUUAGUAGUGAGUCUAGAAAUAGAAGUAUUUAUGCUGUAUGGUUGUUUGCAAUCAUUAGACAUUAUAUGAGUAAGAUAUUUCCGUGCCUUUGCUUUUAACAGACGCCUACCCCGCACACUGAAUCUGUCGCUGUCUACUGAUGCCCGAAUGACAAUUAAACAAACAGUACAGCAAAUAAACACACAGAGAACUGGGUCAUCAAGCUGUCAGACUGCUGUAUUAGAUACCCACCCCCUCCCUCUAAUGUAUUUCCUGUACACUUAAAUGCACCAAACAUUUACAUGAUGAAGGCCCAAUCCACAAAAACAAACGUGCAGACUCACUCAGUGAAGUGAACGACCACUGUUUCCAUGGUGAUGGUUGAGAUGACUCAAUGGCUCGCAUUUGAUAAAAGCAUGUAGACUAAUUUGUAGAGACACAUUGCAAAUAUACACAGUUUACAUUCUGUUCAUGCAUUCACUCAAUCAUUCAUUCAUCUCUUCUUCCCUGCUCACCUGUGGCUUCAGUCUGGUGAAGCCUCAAUUAUCGAUAAAAUGAUGUAAACAGAAAGCUGGAUUGUGGGCCUUUAAAUCAGACUGCCACACCAUCCCUUUACUUCACUUUUUCAUAGAAACAUUGACACAUCUCAGCAAAUUACAAAAGAACAGGUAGAGCAUGACCACAGCUACGUAAGGUGCUGUUGCUAUGGUGUAUGCUUACUUCAGCUACCGACCCCCACGGUGGGAGUGAGUGUGAAAUGUGAAUGGAAUAGGAACAAGAGGUGUGUGACAGAGAGAGCUGUGCAGCCUGAUUACAACUGACAUCACUAAUGAUGGCUGUAGCACUCUGCUCCUUCACCUCAUGCCCAACUUCACAUCAUCAUUCAAGACAUAAUCUGUGAGCUUUCUCAGCUCUUUUAUUGUCCUGUCUUUUAAAGACAGGACAAUCACUAUCAUCCUCUCAUUCAGAAAGUUAUGCAGCUAGAUUAUGCACACUCAUGCAGUCAUGUGGGUUUUUCCAUUACAAGCACCAGCCCCGUGCUUGCGUCUUUUGUGCAGAAUGACAGUGCAGAAAUGGCAUCCUUUUGAGGAUGUGUUCAUUUCUGUGAUUCUAUUAUUAUCAUCCUGGGCAUGCAAAGGGAGGGUCUGGGCCAGAAGGGAAGGCUCAGUUACAGCAAUGUCUUUUGUCUGACGAUGUCAUAGAGGAACAAACUUUGUAACAGAGAACAUACAGUAAAUACUCACUGAUCUUUGGUAUUGAGCCUCUCAUCAUCGUGGACAACUCCUUCCUCUGUUGAAUUAAUGUUAACAAUGUCCUUAUUGCCCUGUCUUUAUUAUUUUCCUGUUUUCUGAACUGCACUUUAUUGAUUAUUCUGUAUUAAAUCCUCUUCUGCUUUCUCGUAACCAUGCAACUAAAAAUGUCAACAUACAAACGGUCAAAUACAAUUUCCAAAGCACAAAGUAUAAUGUCAAUAAGUAUCAGAAUUUUCUUUAAGCACAAUACGCCACACUAGAGGUUCAAGCCAAAUGCAGACACAUCAUUUAAUUUUCAGAAUCUUCCCCCUUAUUUAGGGAAUGAAUCGCCUCUGUUCAACUCACACAGGUCUGUAUGCCGCCCUUACAGUGUGUGGGGAAAUGUUUGUUUUGUAAGAUUUCAUACUUUGUACCAGUUGACUUUAUAGAAUAUUAUCUUUGUGGUUUCCUGUUGUUCAACGCAUGUAGCUCAAUUAAACUUUAACCCACAUAACUUGUAAAUAUCAUCUUAUAAGCUAUAGGAAAAUGUCUAUGAUCAGCAAUUUGGAAGCAAUUGCCUCCUUUUACUGACUAAUGCUUAAUAAAAGACAAUAAUCCAGUGUUGGUGCUGCACUCUAUUAACGGAAUUGUGUUUUCAUGAAAAACAGUGAAUUCACACAAGAGGAAUGUAAUGCAUGGAGAGCGAACACUGAGAUUGGGCAAGGGCUGAGCUUGUGGUUUGUGGAAGGAAACUGCAUAUCUUAUACAACAGCACCCUCCAGUGUUACAUUACAUUACAUGUCAUUUAGCUGACGCUUUUAUCCAAAGCGACUUACAAUUGCUAUAUAUGUCAGAGGUCGCAUGCCAACUAGGGGUUAAGUGUCUUGCUCAGGGACACAUUGGUCUGUAUUCAAUGAAAAAUAUACUGUACAUAUUAAAAUACUCUACAAAAUCA